GGACCGUGUGUGCAGCCUAAAUGUCGAACUGGAACCUGUUGAAGCAUCAGACAACGCCAAUGGUUGCUGCCAAGCCAACGGGGGCCAGUGACUUGACUGUUACUCCAGCUCCAGUCGCAUUAGUCUCCAAUGAGAACACCACGGAACCCGUCGACAAGAACGAUGCCUUCGACGAGAUCAAAAACAAGUUCCUGAACGAAAUCGACAAGAUCCCACUGCCAUCCUGGGCCAUCAUUGCCAUUGCCGUGGUCGCUGCUUUACUCAUUCUAACCUGCUGCUUCUGCAUCAUCAAGAAAUGCUGCUGCAAGAAGAAGAAGAACAAGAAGGGCAAGAAGGGGAAGGGUGACAUGGGAAUGAAGAACCUGAAAGGGGGAGAGAAACAACAGGAUGAUGAUGACGAAGAAGAUGAUGUGGAGCCCGGACUAACUGGAGACGAGAAAGAGGAGGAAGUGAAAGAGAAGGAAAAACUUGGGAAGCUGCAGUAUUCCAUCGAUUAUGACUUCCAGGAGAACAAGGCAAGCAUGUUAUUGGACUGGUAUAAGUUCAUAAACCUGACUGUUGGAAUCCUGCAAGCAGCUGAUCUCCUCUCCAUGGACAGUGGAGGCACCUCAGACCCGUACGUCAAGGUCUUCGUCCUCCCUGACAAGAAGAAAAAGUAUGACACAAAGGUUCACAAGAAAACCCUCAAUCCUGUGUUCAAUGAGACCUUCGUUUUCAAGAUACCAUUCCAAGAAAUGGGAGGGAAGACUUUAGUCAUGUCUGUCUAUGACUUUGAUCGCUUCUCGAAACACGAUAUCAUCGGAGAGAUUAAAAUACCCAUGAACACCCUUGACUUGGCAAAGCCAAUUGAAGAGUGGAGAGACCUGGAUAGUGCGGAUCAAGAGGAGCCAGAGAAGCUCGGGGACAUUUGCAUUUCCCUACGUUACGUGCCCACCGCUGGCAAGCUCACGAUCUGUAUUUUGGAGGCUAAGAACCUGAAGAAAAUGGAUGUGGGCGGACUUUCAGCCAUCGGUGCGGUCCCGCUCUGCUCACGUGCUCCAGCUGCACGUGCUGAGGCUGCAGUGCUCACCAUGCAGCAGCACAUCACUCAUCCUGGCUUUUGCUGGGGCCCCAUCUAUCCCUAUGUGAAAAUCAACUUGCUGCAGAACGGAAAGAGACUGAAGAAGAAGAAGACCACUGUGAAGAAGAACACUUUGAAUCCUUACUACAACGAGUCUUUCAGUUUUGAGAUUCCUCUUGAGCAAAUGCAGAAAAUCCAAGCUGUGAUCACAGUCCUGGAUUAUGACAAGAUUGGCAAGAACGAUGCCAUCGGAAAGAUCUGGGUGGGAAGCAAGUCCACGGGGGCCGGGCUGAAACACUGGUCCGACAUGCUGGCCAAUCCCCGUCGCCCCAUCGCCCAGUGGCAUCCACUGCAGCCAGAGGAGGAGGUGGAUGCCUCCCUCGCAGCCCUGAAUGCCAAGAAGUAAACCUCGCCACCUUCACCCCCACCCACCCAUCCAUCUCCCAUUUCCCCCCCCCAAGCCCUACAUUGUCAGUGUAUAUUCCAGUAAUACACCCCCUCCGCCCCCCUCCACCACAUUCAUCUUGCACUGCCACCUCUCCAAAGAUCCAUAGAGAGCAUUUGACAUGGUGGGAAAGGUAGAGGAAAAGCGUCUUAUUCUAUUUUAUCGUGUCAUUGAGCAAAGAAGAAAAGUAACAAGAUGGACAGAUACUCAGUUAAUUUCCUUUAGAUCUAUUUUUGUAUUGGGGUUGUGGUUACAUUAAUGAGAAUACAGAGUAGACUAUAAAGAAAAUAAGAAGCUGUGAUAGAGGGGAUAAAACAUACGUUCACUCAUAUUGUACUUCUAACCCUUUCCCUUUAGUGGCAUAGUUUGCUUUGAAUAGUGCUUAACAAUAAAAUGCUUUAUACUGCCAUAUGAUAGAGAUAUAACACAAGCAGGUCCAUUCCGUAGGUGUAUUGUGCACCAUGUCCCGCACCUGCCAGUUAUCAUGCUAGAUGAUUCUGUUUGUUUGAAGUACAUUCCUAGAGUUGGGUAGCCGAGUAGGGAUAGCAAUAUGUCCAGUUACCCACAAACACACUGCCUUUUCGAUUAGUUAACUUUCGACCCAUCGUCUCAGGAAAACUGAGAGGAAACUGAAACUCCAUGCCUUUUUUUUCUAAACGGGUUACUGUUGUUCAAACGCGCCACUGGACGAGAAAGAAAUCGAAUUUGAAAUGGUGGAUUUUUUUGGGUGACCUACGUCUCACGGCUAGUGUAGGUUAGUGCCGGGGUAGAGGAGGGGGGGUUCAGGACUUUCAGUACAACAAAAAAGAGAAGAAAAAACAACAAAGGGAUGUUUUGUGUAUUUUUAAUUGUGAAAAAAAGUCUAAAUGAAAUGGGAAAAAAAACAAAAAAAAAACAAAGACUGUCUGUCAUCUGAACCAGAAAAAAGCAUGGAAACAUCUGAGACUGAUUCCAACCACCAAUGACAUGAUAUUUACAAGGUGUUGAUUACUGCCUGCAGUCUACCACCUCCCCUCCCAACACCUCCGAUUCUGUAUCACACCUGUUCAGUGCUACUGCCAUUAGUCAUGGACUUGACACAAGGGUUUUUACUUCAAAAGGAAUCCCUAUAACCGUCUUACAGUCAUAAAGGAGACAAGCCUUCCAAGUAACAAAAUAAGCAAUUUUCAACUACCAGGGACGCCUUCCAGUUAGUAGUGUUGUUCUCUUCAUUUCUUUUUCUGCUAGUUUUUUUCUUCUACCCCCCAUUUAUUUCUUUAGCUUCAAACACGUUUAUUCCUUAAGCACUUUAAAUCUUUUAAAUACGAACGCUCAGAAAUCAGAGCUUUUAUUUAUAUCUGUUGGGAAUAAUUGCAUUCCUUGAAAAGAAAAGAGCAAGGGAGUGCAUCAUCGUUAUUAUAAUUAUUGUUAUUAUUUAGUUGGUUUUGUUCUUGAUUUCUUUGGCUUCGGCUUCUGUGAAUGUGUUUAAAGCGCUUGGACAUUACAUUUCUCACUUGGUUGCAAAGAUGUGGUCCUGAAGAAGGCACUGAUCCACGUGUAUUUCAUACACAGCGUACCAAACUGUCGAAUAUAAUUGCACUACUGGGUGUUAUUCUGUUCUGUGGCAGUUUGACUGCUCUUUAAGAUCUGUAUUGUUUUUUCUUUCUGAUAAAAUGUUGUGAAAUGGAAUUUUUCUGUGGCACUUUCCAGCUGGUCUCUCUUUUUUUUAAUGAAUGGAUAAGAAAAAGAGACAUAUUUCAGGCCAAUACCUCACCCCCCUCCUGGAUUCUUCAAAGGAUGGAUCAGGUUCAGUACAGAGAGCCCAAGACACGUCCGUGCCAACAGCUGUCGCAAUGACUCAGUAUAAUCUCUUAUCCCGUCUCCCCAAGUUCAAAGGCAAAUAUAGGGUAGAAGAAAUAAAGAAGGCCUUUAACGGGCUCCAGUGAAUUUUCACAAAAUGCAUCAUAGCUAUUAACUUGUGGCUGCCAAAAAUCUGAGCUAACCACAAACCCCAACUUACUAGCGGGCAAUGUCUCAGCCAGAAGACUAACAUAAUUAACAAUGGUCUAGUUUUAUUUCUUUUCAAAUGACUAGCUUUCAGUUUACAUUUGUCAUAAAUGUAAGUGGGGUUUUGGAUGAAUUUUAACACCGCAACCAAAAAAAAAAAAGGGCAGGUCUUUCUUUGGCUCUCUAUACUUGUAAAUAAACAUUUUGUGAACGGCGAACUUUUUGAGGAUGACCUCGGCUUGCUGCAAAAUCCAGACUAGUCGAUCAAAAACUCAUUGCCUCUUAGUAAACUGAAGACUACUUACUUUCCUUUUUUACUUAAAGACAAGUGAGUGAGAUGUGUGUUGUGUCAGGAUCCCAGUGUGCUUCUUUCCGCGGGUCUAGCUGUUACUCACACAAACUGCUGAUUGUGAGGAUCAAAAAGCAACAAUUACCAGCUGACUGUGUCAAAUGUAAAGCAAAUGCAGUCGAUCUUUUAAGCAUUGCCACAGCUUUUGGGGAAUUUAAUGAAUGUUGGCCCUUGUAUUUUUCUCUGUUUUUUUCUCUUUAUUUUUCGUUUUUAACUAUCACAGACCAAAAUUUAGUUUCUCAUCAUGCAUCAUUUUUUUGUUGAUGAAACAACACUAAAGAAAAGGCAACAUGGAAGCAAUCAAGCAACCCAUUGAUGUGUAGUUUUGCCUAUAUACAUAGUUCAUACAUGUUGAUACUGCAUGUUUCUACAAAAUACUGUACAUAAAAGCAUGUUUUAGAGACGAAGCAAAAAUAUCUCGUGUACGUAAAUGGGUGUCAUUUGCCAUUUUAAUAACACAGUGAUGGAAAGAAAAGAUGCACUGUAUAUUUUCUAAACUGAACAAAGUGUUUAUUUUCCAUGAGGGUCAUUGGAGGGAAUAUCAUACAAAUGUAAAAGUAAUAUUACCAAUAAGAACCUUCCCUAAGCCCGAAAUUCUUAAGCAAGUGUGUCGUCCAGUACCGUGUGUGAGUUCAUGUAGGAUGAAGAUGUAGCCGCAUGCUUGCUAUCUAAAUUCCCCGUGCUCAAGAUUUUCAUUUGAUCACAUUUAUUUGCCAUUCAUUUUGUUUAGGAAGCUCUCAAAGUGUCAGAGUUAAAUAUAUUUUCCAUACAUAAUUGCUCUUGGUUUGCUUGUUUGUUGUUGUUUUUUUUGUUUGUUUUUAUAUUGAUUUCUUUUAAAGAGAUGUGUGCUUUAGGUUUUUAUUGUUUGGGGAUAUCCAAGUCUGAAGGGUGAUGAUAUUUUUAUUUUUUUUAAGUUUAACGUUAUUAUGAGAAAAAAAAAAGGUAAAAGAAAGAAAGAAUAAUUCUCAAUAAAUAAGUAGACUGCAGGAGUUAUUUGUGCCAGCACUGACAACGUAUGACGUUUGAUAGAUCAUAUAAACAUUUAGGGGCCAAAAGAUGAAUAAUCUCUUUGCAUUAAACACAAAUGACUUGGACACCCCAAUUUCUCUUGAUUUACUCAGUUUUCCUCCUCUAUUUGACUUACCUGGAACACUUAACGGCUGUGUCUCUUUUACUGUGUCUAGUAAUCAAUAUGUGUACAUGUGGACAAAAUAAAUUAAUAAGAUAAACCGAAAGCCAUAAAACUCAAGCACUAACUCUUUAGAGCUCAGCCGAGUAGCUAGAGUUUAUUUAUGAUGAAAAAAAGUUCGACAUUGUCUUCAUUUUCCUUGGCUGAUAUCUCUCCUACAUUCCUUCCAGAGGUUUUUGUUCAUUGAGAGAGCAAAAUCCAUUGUUCUGUAUAUAUGAGCAUUGAGAACAGUUGUGAGAUUAGUAGAGUGUGUGUGUCUUUUUCUACUUUCAGAGCUGUUGAUGUCCUUGUUUAAUAGAUGUAGCGGAUUUUACAGUAUUGUGUUUAGUAAUGUAUUUCCUUGUUUUGAUAGUAUAAAUGUAAGAUAUAUCACAAUACAUUCUCAGUAAUAAUGCUAAAAGUAUAUAGAAAUAUACAUAGAUGAGAGUGUGUUCUAGUCUUGGGCUGAGUGCAAUUUAUGAGCUAUUCAGGGGUCACUCUUUUAGUUUCUCUUUUUCCAAUUUAACAGAAGAAUGUACUUGUACAAUCAAAAUAUAAUUACAGGAAGAUUUAGGCUUAGUGAGAGGGAUUUUGUUGUUGUUACUUUGUUUUUACUUUUUUUUCUUUUUUGCCUUGCAAGCUGCUCAAACAACAACGAUUAAAUUGAGAAAAGAGAAACUUAAAAUGGUACAUCCCAAAUUUUAAGCCUGAAUCCCUCCCAUAGAACUAUGCAUAUAUUUAUGAUUUUCACAGACUCAUGGCAGAAAUAUCUGAAGAAAAGUGUGUUUUCUGCAGAUGAAGUGAAACUAAAGAAAUGGUUCAAGAUUUUUGGGGGAAAUCGUUUUCUUGCCAGAAGCUAUACACAAUGAAAGGACACAUCUGUUUUCCUGCAAAGGUUAAGAGGAACCAGGCAAAUGAGUUUUGUCAGUACACCUAAGUACAGUCAAUAAUCUAGUGAUAUUUAUGAAAACAGGAAUAGUUUUGAAAACAGGCUGUGGAAUCGCCCACUGGGUUGUAGGAUGCCAUUUUUAACAUUAACCAAAACUUUUUUUUUCUUUUUCUUUUUACAAGAUAUCAAACAUUUAACCUUAAAUGUUUGCUCGGAAAUUCUUUGGUUGUUUACAAGUCACAUUUUAAGAUAUAUAUUUAUAUAACCUAUGUAAGAGCAUUAAAGUUGUUACACGCAUAUCCGUGGUAUCUAAAUCUGUGAAGUGUUAACAUUUUACUCAGACAGGUUUGGUUGAGUCAGGAUUUAGCUAGCUUAGCCUAGGUAGCCAGGAGGAAAAAAUAGCUUGAUGUUGUCUUUGCUUGCCAGAUGUUGAACAGAAUAAUUUUACCCUUUUUUAUUUGGUUUUGUUUUUAGAUUUAGUUUGUGUAUAUUUUCAAAAUAUUGUUGGCUGAAUGUUUGUUAAUUAGUUAGCUCUAGGCUUGAUUGUGUGUUGCCUUUAUUUUGAUUAAAAAAUUAAGCUAGCACAUUUAGCAGACAGAUAAGAAGGAGGUGUCUCCUACUCAUUUCUUUCUUGGCAAGAAAUCGAAUAAGCACAUUUUCCAAAGAGUCGAACUAUUCCUUUAAGGUCACCUCAAACACUGAAUUUUCUUGAAGUGAACAGGCGACAGUCCUCAGUGUGUUGCAGGUUGUUUCACAUUGUCUGAUGCAAUAUAGUAUUUAUUCAUUAUCCCAUUACUCCCACUGACUGUGACCAAAUAAUGUACUGAGAAUAGUUUAUUGCAAGAUCUCAGUUCAAAAAUACUGCCAGCACCUGAUUACAUUUGCCUGCAUUCGCCACCACUGUUUGGUUCUGCAAAGCCAAGAUAACAAUUCACGCAGAGCAAAGACAGAGUGCAUCAGAUGUUGUGGCAAAUGUUUUUGAAGGUCAAUUCAUAGCACACUCGAGGAAUUUAUUUUUGAUUCCUUUCACUGCCUGGGUCACAGCAGUAACAUAAUCAUUGGACAAGUUCUAUGGGGGAGUAUGACUGGGAGCGGUCCACCUGUAUCUUCAAUAAACAAAUCAAAUGAAGGGCCCUUUAAUAGACAUGGUACAAAAACACAGCACUCGAUUAUACAACAUAAAUUACAGGUAUGCGUACUUGGGACUCAUAGCUAAUUUCUAAAUGUACAUCUUUGUGUGUAUAGCCAAUACUCAAAAUAAUACUCUUAUUUAUGGUUUAAAUAUUGUCAUUUAUCUGUUCUGAUAAUGGCUGUAUAGAUAUAUGAUAUCUUAGGCACAAAUGCAUCUAAAGCUGUGUGGUUUCAGAGAGUUUUAGAGCACGUUCAUAUAGAUCAGAUUUCUUUUGUUUUCACUUUUAAACAAACAAUGGGAGUUAAAAAAGGAAACUAUGCGAAAUUCAGUGAUCAUUUACCGCAUUGUCAAAAUGUAUCAAAGAGCCUUCAAUUGGUAAAGGCAUCCCACUGAAAUAUGUUGUCUUGUCUCCUCUAUUACUCACUGUACUUCUUUGUAUUCUUCUGUAUAUGUGUAAUCACCUCUUCGGUCUUGCUAUUUAUUUCGUUAUGUAUACCUCUAAUGUAGGGUUAGGGUUUGAGACCAUGCCAGAUAUUUGUCACCAUACUCUUUCACAUUUGCUUUCUGUUUGUGUCUUCGUGUUGUUUCCGUGUAACCAACUCUCAGUAUCAUUAUGCUGAACAGAAAGCAGGCUCACUGAUGUCUCUACCGAUGUUGCUUUUGGUGAACGUAAAGAUUGCUAGCCUUCAUGUUUACAACAUGGACAUUCUGUAUACUGCCAAACAUGCAGGGCCGUACCAAACUCCUCUGUUGAGUGCUUGGUCCUCCACCUCCCAGCCUGAUCCAGCUGUAAUUUCAAGACUUGUUUCUUUUUCCUGCUUCACCACUUUCUCUUGAUCAUCUUUUAAAGCAUUGGAGGGUAGUCAGGUUGUGUCCCCUAGCGGUGUUUCUUCGUGUCUAGUGUCGUGGUGCGCGUGUUCAUGUCAGUACUUGUGCCUACUGUGGAUCGCAUGCUUUAGCCUUUGACUGGACACAAACGUUGCUCACAAACUCCUCUUGACCCUUAUGUGGACAUAUGUUGGGGAUCCUUAUAAAGUUAUCAAGGGAACCAAAUAACUUAUUACAAAUUUAUCAUAUGUGUUACCAGUUCUGUAAAAACAAAUAGGAAAUAAAGGCCUUUUAAUUACCAUACAUUGUUUGUCUUCAAUCUGCAGCGUUUAAUGUCUCAAAGUUAUUUGAUCAAAUAAUGGGUCUGAGGCUAUAAUGCAACAUAUUUAAACGGGUCAGUGUUACAUUCUGGAAGCUGGGGGACAGGCUACAUGUAUAGUGACUCACAGCUGACUGUUAAUCUUAAUAAAAGUGGUAAGUACACAUUGUUAGUGAUAUCUUAAUUUGCUUAUUUUGGGGGAAAAGAAUACAAUUUUUUUGUUUAUCUACUUUAUUUUCUUUCAUUACAGCUAGUUCCAUUCUGUAAAUGAAUCAAAGACUUAAAAAAAGCAUUUCAAUAGGAAAUCAAAAGAACAAAUUUAACAAAAUACCACACUUGAAACUGGUUAGAUUUAUAAGGUGUAUGUUUAUUGAAGGAGUGGGGUUAUACCACAUUGCCGUUGGCUCAUUUACUGUAGGUGCAAAAUAUAGAUAAGUUGGAAUGUGAAUGAUAAUGACUGCUGGCUAGAGUUAAAAACUUUGGAUGAGGCUUUUUAUUAAAAAGGCUGUCAUGAAAAAAUGUUAUAUAUUCAUCACAGCCAUAAGAACAGCCCCCCAAAAAAGAGAGACUAAAUGAAGUGUAAAUUUGCAAUCUAGUAAUCCAUAAAUAAAUAAAUAUAGCUCUCUUAUAAACAUAAUAUAGGACAUUUUUAUUCUACACUUUGUUUUAGUGUCUACGUAGUCAAUUGUUUUUGAAG